AUGUCCGCAAACACCAACGACAAUCCAUCGCUCAUUGCCGGCCACGCCAAGUACGUUCAAGGGGCCGUGUCCUCCGCACUAGGAUACGAAACCGGCGAAGCGACAAAAUCCGCCGCCGUCGACGAGAUGAAGCGGGCUUCAGAGCAGAACAGCAGCCAGCAACCAGCACAGAACAACGUCCUCGGAACAAUCGAGAAGAAAGCGGGAGAGCUGGUCGGCUGUGAAGGCAUGGCUGAGGAGGGCACGCAGCGACUGCCGACAUCUGGACGACCAAUACAUUUUACUCUACGCCAACAAGGCAGGCGCAACCGGCGAAACACCAUCAAGACCAACCACGCAAGCGUCACAAUGACGAUAACGACAGAAGCAACCACUCUCCUCGGGACCAAAAACCCAAUCCUUCUCGCCGGCAUGGGUCGUGUAGCCGGCCCACCUCUCGCCGCCGCCGUCUCAAAUGCUGGCGGCCUUGGUGUCAUCGGUGGUGUUGGCUAUACACCAAAACAACUCCGGUCACUAUGCCAGGAGCUAAAGUCCCUUCUCAGCUCACCGGAGCUGCCCUUCGGCGUCGACUUGCUCAUCCCCCAAGUAGGCGGCAACGCCCGCAAGACCAACUACGACUACACCAAGGGCGGAUUGGAUGAGAUGGUGGACAUCAUCAUCGAGGAAGGCGCGAAGGUGUUCGUGUCGGCGGUAGGCGUACCGCCCAAGGCCGUCGUGGACAAGCUGCAUCGCCACGGAGUGCUGUACGGGAAUAUGAUCGGGCAUCCGAAGCAUAUCAAGAAGUGCGGCGACCUUGGCGUCGACAUCAUCAUCGCCCAAGGUGGCGAGGGUGGCGGCCACACCGGCGAGAUCCCAACGUCUGUCCUGAUCCCCGCCUGCGUCUCAGCCGCCAAGCACUACAAAUCACCCAUCACCGGCAAUCCACCCCUCGUCGUCGCAGCUGGCGGCAUCGCCACCGGCGCCGGCGUCGCUGCAGCACUCAUGCUCGGCGCAUCAGCUGUGUGGAUCGGCACGCGCUUCGUCACCGCCACGGAAGCAGGCGCCACGAAACGAGACAAGGAGCUGAUGGUAGCAGCGGGGUUCGACGCGACGCUGAAGUCGACGAUCUGGACAGGUCGGCCCUUGAGGCACCUGAAGACGACUUAUACGGAGGAGUGGGAGACGAAGCGAAGGGCGGAGUUGGAGGAGAUCCAGGGACGGGGAAAGUUGGCCAUAGACGUGGAAAUGGAUCGGUUGGCAAAGGAGGGCAAGUUGACCGAGGAGAUUGAGGAUUUGAGUCAUUGCCGGCCUGCGGGGGUGGUGGCGGCGCUGUGUGAUAAGGCUGGGCAGAGUGCUGGGGAGAUUGUGAGGGAGAUGGUAGGCGAGGCGGAGGUGAGUCUGAGGUCAGCGAGUAGGUUUCUGGGAGGUCGCAGGGAGGCGAGGUUGUGA